AGCGGGGCGAGUCUUUGUUUAACUUGCACAUGACGGAAACUCUUCUCUAGAAUUCGAAGUACUCCCUUUUCACGUUCCUGGAUGCAGCGCGUCCGUUUCACAUUUCAUCGUGCACUUCAAGUGUUAUGCUAUCGUCACAACUAACCGUCUCUUUUGCACGGAAGAAAAGAAGAAUAGUCUUUUUCUUUUUUAAGAGAACAAAUAAUUAAUAAAGAGGUACCAAUGUCGGCGACAAUCAAGGCUGCGCGCGCGUGCGCCUCUACGCUGCUCUUCCACAGCCUGCGCCUGCACGCGUUUCGUGGUGCGGUGCCGCACGUUUUGGUCGUGGUCGACCGCGUGCCGUGUGUGCAGCAGAAGGCGGUGGUGGAGGGCUACGUGCAGGUGCUGCGUACGUAUCAGCAGCAGGGGGCAGCGUACCUCCGCACCAGACACGACGACGUGAUGGACUGCACCAAGACGCAGACGGACGACUGCGCCCCAGCAGAGCACAGAAGCCAUGAGGGGGAGUUGUUUAUUGCGCUCAGGCCGAACGAGAAGACACCGUGUGGGUCUGCGGGGUUUACGACAUCUGCACACCCUCCCCUUCUUGAUGCUCCUUUCGGCGCUGAUACGGACGCGGACGCGGCCCAAGCCGCUCCUACACCGUUGUCCUACUCCGUCAUGCCUUUCCAGAGCGAAGACUUUCUUGAUGUCAUCAAACGUCUGCAGUGCUUCUUUCGCCACUGCGGCGACGGUCAGCGCAGCGCGCAAACGACGUCAUCGACCGACGACUGCGCACCGCCCGCUGCGACAGUCGAACAGCCUCCAUGGUGUGAGGAGAAGUUUGCGGCGGAGUACGAGGCGCUUUGCCCGCUGCUCGGCCCGUUGCUCUCCUCCUCCGGCGAGCCGCUGGAGAGCGACGGUGCGGCGGCAGCGCACGAUGCCGUCAGCGUUCACCACGAGCGGUGCAGUGCGCUGUACAACGGUCCGCUGCGCGAGCUGCUCGGGUGCAUUCUCGUUCAGCAAAACGCCUUCCAGAAUGAGAUGAAGCGCUACCGGCUGCGGUUGAGCCUGUUUGAUUUAGGCAUCCGCGUUGCGGAGCACUGCCACCUGCUCAUCAUGAGCACCGAGGCGGACCGCCUUGCGAAGGAGGGCCGCUACCGUGAGGCGCUGGAGGAGGAUCAGGUCUACAGUUACGCGCGUUCGUGCGCCUUCCGCCCCGAGCAGGCGCAGACGCUGGCCAAGGCGAUUUCCGACGCCAUCGACCUGCACAGCUGGAAGCGUAUUGCGGCGGAUGCGGCAGAAGGUGCUGCCGCUUCAACCGACACGACGCAACCACCACCUCCACCAGCGUCGUUCGCAGAGGCGUUGCACAACGAGGAGCUGCGAGCCAUCUUUAAUCCUGGCGCGUUGCACUGGGGAGCGCCGACAACGACGACGACCACCACCACAGCAGCAGCAGAGGUCACCACCGAUGUAGAGGCGGCGCUGCGCCAGCUCAUCGACGGCCCCGGCAUCCCGCUCUCCAUCGUCUCACGCGACCCCGCCAAGGUGCUCACCUUCAGCGGCGGCAUGGAGGACUGCCUCUCCAACACGGGCUACUACGUCGCGGCGUACGCGCCGGAGCGCAAUGACGUGUGGCGCCACCGCGAGCGCUUCCAUCUUGCCAUGACGGAGGAGGCGGAGGCGGAGGUAGAGGCGGAAGAGGGCUGUGCACUGGACCUUGCAAAGGCGGAGCCGUUGUCGGGGGCCGGCGCCAGCACCGCCGCCUCAUCCACCGUGGGUGUGCACGGCCGGAUGAAGAAGAAGGAAUACCUGGCGCUGCUGAAGGCGAAGGGGCAGAAGCCGAACAAGCGGCAGCACGACAGCGACGAGGACGAGGACGGGGCGCUGGGCCGCAGCAACGCACCAGCCGGCUCGUGCAUCUCCAACAGCAUCGGUGGCACCUUCCCCAUUGGCGAGGCCAUCAGCGAGUCCUUUGACCUCUCGCAGCUCAACGGCACCUGCGACGUGUUCGCCUAUCCGGAUGUGUUCAAGCAGGUGACGAUGAGCCGUCCUGCGCCGUUUACCAUGACGAUUGCGAAGGGCGUCGUGACGCAGAUCAGCGACGGGGCACCGGCGGAGUUUCUCGAUCUGCUAAGCCUCGUCCGUCAGGUGGAGGGCGACUGCUACGUUCGUGAGCUCGGCAUUGGCCUCAACCCGUACGUCGGUCUCGCACACGUCGUCAGCGACGUCACCACUUUCGAGCGUCAGUGGGGCAUUCACCUCUCGCUGGGGCAGCGGCACCCCCUCUUUGUGAAGCAGCGGGUGCGCUGCAACGCCGACGGCAGCGUCGCAACGGGCGUGCACGUAGUGGGCCCGGUGCUGAAACGCAAAGCCGGUAAGUACCACAUUGAUGUGUUUAUCGACGCCGCGCAGCUGAAGAUGAACGACGUGUUCUCCAUCGACUUCACGAAGGGCAUUGCGAUCCCGUAA